GUUAUCAAAUGCUGCGGACUCGAGCAAGAUUUUGAUUUUCUCUCAGACAGAGAUGAAACCGAAAUCGGAGAACGCGGAAUAAACCUCAGUGGUGGACAGAAACAACGAGUAAAUCUUGCGAGAGCUGUAUACAGCGAAAGUGAUAUUUACAUUUUGGACGACCCGCUUUCCGCUCUUGAUACGAGGGUCGGUAAACACGUUUUCUACGAAUGUAUUCGAAACGAGCUUCAAGACAAGACUGUGUUUUUAGUUACGAAUCAAUUACAGUACCUUAAAUAUUGCGCCGAAGUGCUCGUCAUGGAUAAUGGAGCAGUGGUCGAAUCAGGUCGCCAUGUGGAAUUGAUGGAAAGAGACGGAAAGUAUACAGAGAUGUUCAGAAUGUUCAAUGAAACGGUCAUGAAAAAUAAAAGCACAAAAUCAGACAGUACCACGGAUGGCACAAACUUGCAAAGAGGUGUCAAUUAUUUGAAGAUAGAGGAUACGCAAGAAGAAACAAAUGAGGGAACGAAUGACAUCCACAAGCCAAAGGCGGAAGGAAAUAUUGCAUUCAGUAAACUCGUUCUGGUAGAAGAAACAGAGAUUGUGAAUAUAGGUGUACGAACGUUUACCGCUUACAUACAUGCUUCGGGCGGAUGGUUGGUCGGCCUCGAUGUUGUUUUACUUUAUUUCCUGUCCGCGUUUUCCCUUGUGUUUUCCGAUUAUUGGCUCAGUGCAUGGAUAAGGCACUUAACUGAUUCAUAUACAACCAAUUCAACCGUGAAGGACAUACAUGCGGAUAAAAUGCAAUAUCCAAUGAACACGACAAUGUCGUCAGUAAUGAUGUCUAGUAAUUCCUCAGCUAUUCACGCAUAUGAAAUCACAAAAGAAAAAGCCAUUAGUAGCGAAACGUAUUUAGUCGUGUAUAUCUCCUCACUUGCUUUUAUACUGGCUCUGAUCUUGGUGAAUGGAUUUUGCCAUGCAAAGGUUGCAAUAACGGCGUCCAACGAAAUCCACGACAAGUGUCUCGACACGGUUAUGAAGGCGCCAAUGUCAUUCUUUGAUUCAAACCCGACUGGAAGGAUACUGAACCGAUUCUCAAAAGACCUCGAUGAAGUUGACGUAUUCAUACCUCAAGCGAUCAAUCAAACGCUACGUUACACUCGUGUCAAUAGGAAUAUCCGUAUACGUGACUCCUUGGUUACUGAUCGCCGUGAUACCGAUCACAGCAGUCUUCUACGUCAUGAAACAAGUCUCUAUGGUUUCUAUUCGGCGAACUGAAACGAUUGGAAAACACCGCGCGUUCACCACUCCUUAGUCACGUUAAUAUGACGUUACAAGGUCUGCCGACGAUUGUGGCGUACGGACAACAGGGUCGUUUUUUCAAGCGGUGCGUAAGUUACGCCGACGUGGCCUCGAUGUCGAUGUUUUUAUUCGACGUCAGUACUCGCUGGAUUGGGCUUAGAAUAGACCUAGCGGCCUGCUUAAUUACGGUGUCCGCAAGUCUGAUAUUUGUUGUCACAAAAGGCCUCAUCCCGCCGGCAUCUGCUGGACUAGUGCUUGGGCUUUGUGGAAAGACAGUAAGCACAGUGCAGCUUCUCCUUCGUCAUAUGAAUGAAACGGAAGCACGGUUUACGUCUAUGGAAAGACUGAAUGAAUACGCUGUAGUAAGAACCACUGAAAAUUCUUUUACAAUAGUUUUUAUUCGGAAUCAGUGAAAAACUCUCACAUGUUUUACAAAACAAGAGGGCCAUGAUGGCCCUGUAUCGCCCCACUGCUGAAAAAAGGCUGAAACAAUUAUUCUCUGCAUGUGCAAAUACUUAAAUAUAGGCCCUAUUUAAGCACAUGUACACUUUUGUGACCCCCUGGGCCAAAUAUAACCCCAGUGGCAUAAUUUGAGCAAUCUUUGUAGAGGACUACUAUAUCUCACUACAUGUACAUACAAAAUAUGAAAGCCCUAGGUCCAAGA